GACGAAUCACAAUCAUUCUCAGUGACAGAUUGUGGGGAUUCAUCUCCGAUCUUCAUGACGGCGGCCGAGCUUUUUCUCCUCCGCAUGUUUUAUCACAUUAGCUUGCGCCCGGAAUUUGAACUCAAGAUACCCCAGGAACUGAGCUGACCGGAAUUCCGAAUUUUUGCUAAGAGAUUACGCAAAGUUAUACAGCCAACGGCCAACGAUAAAGCCAAUGCCGAGGACUACAGGCGAACCGCGUGUAAGGCGCUCUUGUGAGCGGUGUCGUGAGAAGAAGAUCAAAUGUCCUGCUGAGAAACCGGGGUGUUCGCACUGUCGAAUGGCGAAUCAGACUUGUACUUAUCUUCCGCGGAAUCACGUCAAUAGCACUCGAAGAUCCUUUGCUCGGAGCUUGCCUCUCAAAGCACAACACGCUAGUAUAUCUCCGACUGCAUCGAGCCAUUCGUAUCAUGAGCCAGAUCAGUCUUUUGGAAACAGACAUCAAAGUCAAGAUGCCAAUACCUGGAAUAGUCAUGCAAACUCACCCCGCAUACAUCAGCAAUUACCUCCGAUAACAGCUAUGCUCUCCGAAACCUCCUCAUGGUCACCAGCAAACCCUGAACCACCAUCGGACCUCCUAACAGACUUCGUACAUGCCUACCGCGAAAAGCUUUACUUUCAACCGCUUCCACUCUUCGACCCGAAGCGUCUUCAGCUAAAGAUCGGGACAUUACCUCAGUACCUCCGAUGGAGCUUCCUAGCUUUGUCACUGCAUUAUACAAGUCAUAACUUCUACUAUGGCUUGGAAGGGAAAGCUAUUGAGUACUAUACCACCUCUGCGAGGAGUGUAGUUGAUAUGGCGGCGGAAGGGCUUGCGCAGUUGGAGGUUAUGCAGGCUUUGUGUCUUCUUGCUUUGUGUGAUCAUAUUGCGGGGAAACCUUCCCGGGCGUGGAUGAUGAUAGGAAUGGCAGCCAAGCUGGAGUCACUUCGCCUCUCAGACUCAAAAACCAGCGGCUCACGACAGUCCGAUGAUGCGAUCUCAAGAUGUCACUGGAGUAUCGCCAUUCUAGAAAGCACUUUUACUCCCCACUGCAACACUCUUUUCGAAGCAGCCCACGCACCGAAUUAUCCCAAAAGCGUACCACGACCAACGACUCUGCAUGGGAUGAAGACAUAUUGCGCUGACUUGACAGAUGCAUACGAAGCAAACGUCCAAGACGUGGGGAUUGUCGCAACUUGUCUUGGCUAUAUCUCCGUUUGGGGCAGUAUCAUUUCUUACCUUCGAGAUAUUCGCAACGGAGCGAAUGAGUAUCCAUGGCUCGCGACGUCAAGACACAAUCAACUCACCGUCAAGCUAUACGAGCUCGAAAACAUCACUUCGCAUCGCCAUCUCAUCCGCAACGCGCCCUUCCCAGAUCAACCACCCUCCGAACUCAGCGAAAACAGAGAAUACUGGGCUCCGUGGGUAUUAUUUCAAGUAAUGAUGCACGCCACCCAAGCAAUCCUCAACAACCCCUUCGUCCAACUUGUCGCUCUUCGCCGCGCAGGUCGGAACUUUCAACCACGUUCCUUUCUGCAGAAUACAGUUGAUCAAGCUUUAUUCCACGCAGAGUGGGUUUCUAGACUUGUGAGAAUGUGUGCGGAUAGGCAGUUUGAGGUUAAUGAUCCUUUGAUUGGACAAGCUGUUGCUGGAUGUGUUUCGAUAUUGUGGAUAUUUCAGUUUGCGAGGGAUAGGAAGGUUUCGGAGAAGGCGAAGGAGAAUCUGGGUAUUUGCGAGACUUUUCUGGAGCAUUUAUCGCGGAAGUGGCCUCAUAUUGCUGAAAAGGUUGAGAUUCUACGAACUCUUAACGUGAAAGUCACAAAGAAACGACAAUCUCCACAAGAUGACGAAUCUAGCAGCGCAACUAUACAAUUUGAACCAGAUAUGAUGUGGGAGCUCCUUGAUCCUGCAAUGUCGGGCGUUGACUGGGCGAGUUUAUGCAGUGACGCCAAAGCAGGAGGGACUUACGCUGCGACGAGCGCUACUAUCAAAGUUGCGACGAAGUUUAUACAUCCGAUUAAUAGCGAUGAGGAUAAUGCGCCGAUGGAGAAUGUUUCGCAUAAUUUGUUUGAUCUGGAGGAUGUUUAUGGGGAGCCGUUUUUGGAUCAGUUCUUUUCUGACUCUUUACUUGUCAAUAUCUCAUAGACGACAUCAUAUAGAGUUGUUUCUUUCUUGGCUGACAGUUUAAUAUUCAGCCGUUCAAUAUCCUUUACCAUAUGGCGCCAACUUUCGGUCCCGGCUAAGAAGCCGAGGUUGCUUUGAGAACCUCGCCGUCCAAUCAUUGUG